AAACGUGAAACGAAAGUUGACAGACGAAAAUAUGGAUAUAGUGACUUUUUCUCAUUAUCUAAGCUACAGUGUUAUUUUGAGCAGUCUUUUUGUAAAAGUACCACAAAUUAUAUCAGUUCUGAGUGCAAAAAGCACAAAGGGACUUAGUUUAAGUAGUGUUUUGUUGGAAGAAGUUGGGUAUUCUAUUAUGCUGACUUACAGUUUUGCUAUGGGAUAUCCUCUGGCUUCCUAUUUUGAAUACACAGUACUUGUUCUUCAAGACUUGAUUUUGAUUGUUGCCAUACUUCACUUUGAUGGUAUCCUGAAAAUGAAAACUAUACCAGUCUUUCUGUUAUAUUUCUUCGUGUACACGGGGAUAGCAUUCAGAUGGUUUCCAGAUAUUAUUUUAACGGCAGUGAUUAGUCUGGUGACCCCCCUUUCCUUUACCAGUAAACUUGCUCAAAUGAAGUUAUUGUAUUCAAGUAAGAAUCCAGGACAAGUUAGCCUGAUGACCUGGUGUAUUGUUACAUAUGGUGCUACUGCUCGUAUACUGACCUCGUUUUUCCUGACCGGGGACAUUGGAGUCAUCCUGAAUUUCACUGUAGCUGCUUCUAUGAAUAUGACCAUCUCAUGCAUGGUCAUUUACUACAGACAGCUCACAAGAGACAAAAGUGAAUAAACUUUGGUUUUGCUCUAUAUACACAUUAUACCUCGGCAAAUUUGAAGCCAUGUAAACCAUUAAAUUUGAUUAUGAAUUGAUCGAUGAAAAUGUUUUGCAAAAUAAUUGUGUGACAUGCUUUCUUUUCUUGAGAACUAAAAUCGGUUU